CGCUCACCUAUCGCGAUGUUCAGUUUAUUCUACAAGUCGACGAUCCCAACUUCUCAGGCUUCUCUUUGGUCCUCCACUUUCUCAGGCGGCAUAUCAGAACAUGUCCGUUAAAGCGACGGGGCCGAUUUCAGAUGUUUCUCUGUCACAAUUAUUUGACAAUGCUUUCGAAUUGUACAACAGUAUUAAUAAUACACAGGAGCCGACAAAUAGCCCAAAGAUACAGUCAGAUAUAAGGCAGACAAUGCGUAUGUUUGAAGAUGCAACAAAACUAAUAUCUUUAGUGGAUAUGUUCAGCGACAAUGAAACUUUCGAGGAGGUAGCUACAGAAAAUAUCAAAUAUUUCUUACUACCAGCUCUAUUGGGCAAGCUCACCACCAAAAUAUGCAACAGCAAUGACAGAAUGCAUCUUGUUAAAGUAGCAGAAAUCUAUUUUGUGGACUUUUUGAAGCGAUCGAAAACAUACGGUUUGACAGAUGUCGAAAUACCAAAGAUUAGUGAUGAAAAAAAGGAAGCAGGGGAUAAUCAAAAUAAAUUGAAGAGUGAAUCCAGGAUGUUGGAGGAUAUGGUAACUCGUAGAAAUACAAAGUUACAAAGAUAUAAACAAGAGAAAGAUUUGGAGUCUCGCUUGGAUACUUUAAAGAAAAAUUUAGACAAUCCAAACGUAGAUGAUGAAACAAAAAGAGAAUACUUUGUUACUCUUCUAAAAUUGUACGCAGUUCAAAUAGUAGAAGAGUUGCAUUUUCUAGAAACAGAAAAAGUAAUUUUGGGAAACAUGAUGACGGAAGUGGGGCCAACGCAUACUAUGGUUUCCAAAUCGCAUACGACUGAAAAGCAAAAAUUUCCAGUUCAAAAAUUACAACCCAUUAUCAUUACGCGUGAUGAGGUACAGAAGAAAGUUUUUGGAGCAGGUUAUCCAAGUUUACCAGUCUUGACAGUCGAAGAGUUUUAUGAAAAAAGGGUCAAAGAUGGAGAUUGGCCCGAUCCAUCAAAGCAUGGAACAAAUUCUCGAUGUCUGCAAGAUAUGGUGAAUAAAGAUACAAGCUCCAACGACGAGGAUAACGAAAUUAUCUUGAAGGAAGAGAUGGAAGAGAAAGAUGACCCCGAACAUCUCGAACAAGCGCGCGCAAUGGAUGAAUAUAAAGACAUGCAUCGUCGCGGAUGGGGUAAUCGUGCGAACAGAAGUUAAAUUGAGAAUUAAAAAUUAUUACAAUAUUCUGUGUCUCGGUAUGUUUUUUACAUUAUCGUGUUUUUAUAGCACUAAUGCUGUAACUUUUUAUCAAAUCAUGUUUGAUUUAUGCAAAGUUGCAAGUCUAGUAGGAUUUUUUGAUCAGUGAUAGGUAUUAUUUGUGAGUAGGAGGAGAAGCAUGUUAAUUUUUAAAAGGAAUAGUAUAUACAUAUAUAUCUAUCUCAUGUUUAUUAACAAAUUUAAAUAAACCUACAUCUCUUGUAAAUAAAUUGAAUAAGAAUUCAAUAAUCUCCACGAAAUUGGUUAAAGUAACUUUCGAUAAUUUCGAUAAUUUAAUAUCAAAGUAAUUUUAUAUCAAAAAUAUAUAUAUAUAAUUUUCAAGUAUAGGUAUAUUCAACUUUGUGUGUACAUAAUAAUAUAUAUGAGAUUUUGUUGAGUGUGUAAACAGAGAGAAAACGAGUCCUUUUUAUCAGACUGAUGUUACAAGAUGCUGCAAACUCGUCCAAAGACGGCAAUAAAAUAGUUGAGUAAUUUAUUACGCGAAUACAAUAUAAAUCCAGGGGAGAGGCUCUCCGCGCAGCCACGUCCUAGAUUCUUCGAGCCUUCAGGAAAUUACGUCACGGCGGCUUGCUCGCCUCGAGAGAAUCUCUCGUCUAGAUUUCGACGUUAAUGAUUCAUGAAGGUGCUGUAAUAUAUAUGCGUGUACACAGUCGUAGUUAAGCAUCUGUGAAUGGUCCCGAUAUAAACGCGUAUCUUACAACACAAGGCUAUUGUCUUUCCGUGUAUGCGCGUAAACACGCGGAGAUCCCUCUCGUGUGUUCACGCUUACAUUUGUGUGCGUGCGAAUCGGUGAGAUUGACAGUACCGUAAGCUAAUAUACGGUUUGCUGUGAACGAUAUUGACGCUUCAGGAAUGCUUGAUAGAG